AUGCGCCGCCGCUCCUGGACUUGGUACGGCUGCCUGCCUGUGCUGCCUGUUGCUGCCUGUUGCUGCCCGUGCCUGUGCUGCCCGUUGCCGCCCGUUGCUGCCCGUGCUUGUGCUGCCCGUUGCCGCCCGUUGUUUCCCGUGCCUGUGCUGCUUGUUGCCGCCCGUUGCUGCCCGAGCCUGUGCUGCCUGUUGCUGCUUGUUGCUGCCCGUGCCUGUGCUGCCUGUUGCCGCCCGUUGUUGCCUGUGCCUGUGCUGCCCGUUGCCGCCCGUUGCUGCCCGUGCCUGUGCUGCCCGUUUCCGCCCGUUGCUGCCCGUGCCUGUGCUGCCCGUUGCCGCCCGUUGCUGCCCGUGCCUGUGCUGCCUGUUGCCGCCCGUUGCUGCCCGUGCCUGUGCUGCCUGUUGCUGCCCGUGCCUGUGCUGCCUAUUGCCGCCCGUUGCUGCUUGUGCCUGUGCUGCCCGUUGCUGCCUGUUGCUGCCCGUGCCUGUGCUGCCCGUUGCCGCCUGUUGCUGCCCGUGCCUGUGCUGCCUCUUGCCGCUCGUUGCUGCUCGAGCCUGUGCUGCCUGUUGCUGCCUGUUGCUGCCCGUGCCUGUGCUGCCCGUUGCCGCCCGUUGCUGCCCGUGCCUGUGCUGCCUGUUGUCGCCCGUUGCUGCCCGAGCCUGUGCUGCCUGUUGCUGCCCGUUGCUGCCCGUGCCUGUGCUGCCCGUGCCUGUGCUGCCCGUUGCCGCCCGUUGCUGCCCGUGCCUGUGCUGCCCAUUGCCGCUCUGCUGCUGUCCGCGCCCUUGUGCGCUCUGCCGUGGAACGGAGGCUAUGGGGGUGGCGGGUAUGGGGGUGAUGGGUGUGUGUGA